AUGAUGGCAUUGGUAGAGAGAUGGCGAAAGGAGACACAUUGCUUCAAUUUUCGUGAAGUCGAGUGCACCAUCACACUUAAGGACAUCACCAUCCUAACCGAUUUUCCCAUUGAUGGCGAUGUUAUUUGUGUGGACUCUACUCCACUAGCUAAAGUUGUUGCCAAUAUGAGUGGUUCGCAGCAUUUCAUAUGGAGCGUCACAGGGUUGGUACCGCCAGAAAAGGGAGAUCACGAUGCGGAUGGUAAUCCACCAUUGUCCAAGGGCCAAGUAUCCAUCACUUGGUUGACAGCGGAUAUCAGGCGUAAGCACAACCCUGAGGUCGGAGGGGCCUCAUCACUGUCUGCGUCUGAAUUUGGACUGGAAUCAUCAACACCUUCAAGAGGAUCGUAG